GUGCUUUCGAUUUAAGGUCACUCUGAGCACGUCUUAUUUGUUGGCCCUUUAGUUUUUGCCAAAAAGGUUUUGCACCAGGAUCAAGUCAGGAGGAACUUGAAAGAUGGGAGCUCGACAGUCUCAAUCCCGCGAACCCCGAUCCGUUUCGAUGGAAAAUCCAACUCCUGCCGGCGUUAUUGAUAUAUCCGAUGAUGUGGUUAAGCGAUUGAAGGCAGGAAUAUCCCAGCAGGCUCGUGAGCACGCCGCCGCUGCGGAGGAUUCGAAGCCAGCUCCCAAGGCAGUGCCAAAGGCUGCUUCAAAGACAGUCACAUCGUCGCCAGCUCCCACUUCUGCCCCUAAAGUGUCUUACCCAUCUGCGGUGCCCAUCUACGUCCAGGGAGGCGGACACACCAUCAGCGCGGCCGAUGUGCAGCGCCAGAUGAACCAGGAGCUUAUCAAGAAUGACGAGCUGUGGAAGGAGCGCAUGACGAAGCUAGAGGAGAACCUUAAGAAGACCAACACGAUCCUGGAGAAGGAGUACGCCAACGCAGUGGACAACGUGCAUAAGCGAUUCGUGAGUACCGCGUCGUCGCACAAAGUGCCUCCCUGCCAGGACCUGAAGUCCCAGCUGCUCGCCUGCUACCGCGCGUAUCCCGGAGAGACACUGAAAUGCAUCGAGGAAGUGGCCCAAUUCCAGAAGUGCAUUGAUCUGCACCGCGUCAAGAAACUGGAUUCAGAACCAGAGGCUCCAAAAGCGGCCACCGUUCCUGCCAAGGCGGCCUAGUCUCCUGGGAGACCCUCUUAUUCUUGUCCUAAUUUGUUGACCUUUUCUUUGAGGCCUCUUAUGGGCUUUGUAUAAACGACGGAGAACGCACUUGGAAAACUUAAGCGAGAGAGUGUAAUUGCGAGCGAUAGUAAACUAAUUUAACUGAA